GUAUGAGCGCGCGCAGACAACGACGAUGCGCGGCCGUGUCCAUACACGGCUGCUUAGGAUUCAAUGUACUCGUAAUGGAAUGGUGGUGGUCAAAGUCUUCACGAGGAUUUGAUUUUGGCUUGGGGAGCAAGCAAAGCGAGUAAAUGGGGGGUUCAGACCAAAAAAAAAAAAAAGCGAGUAAAUGGGGGGCAGAGCAAGGAUUGAGUCUCUAUAAAUAGAGCCAAGAUGAGAGACCUUUCCUUGUAAUUUCUAAGGGUCUCUCUUUGAUAUAAGAAACCCUAGCAAAGCCCUCACUAUUUGCUUAGGCAAAACCUGCUUUUGAUUCCAUCAUGGCGACAUUCACUAACUCUUUCAACCUCUUGGAUGAGAAUGAGCUGAUCGGCAUUGUGGAUGCGAAGGCGGAGGAUGCAUUUAUGGCAGUAGUGAAGAAGUACAAGGAAGAGGAGAAAAAGAAGAAGGGGAAGGAGGAGAAAAAACUGAAGAAGCCACAAGGGCAGCGGAAGACAGAGUUUUGGUACUCUAAUCCCCGGCCAAUUCGAGCAAAGCGUCUUGUGCUUCCCCGCAGUUUUCUCAAAAGCCAGAUUGUUCUUUGCAAAAACAAAGAUCAAGAUCAAGGCCAAGGCAACGGAGUGCAGGUUAAGGAUUCAGCAGAGUCUGGUCCAAUUACUGGCCAGUCCCAGAAUGGUGCUGAUCCUGAUCCUAAAGCUGUAAGACCUGUGUCCAGUACUGCUAGUACUGGCUCUGAGAGGUCCAAUAAUUACAGUGGCCCUCCUCAGAGGGCUAAUGGAGGCCAAUAUUAUGGAAGGGCUAAUCACGGUUAUAAUUAUUCGAGGCGAUAUUACCAAGAGGGUAGUGGUGGUUAUGAAGGGAGGGGUCAGAGCCAUGUAGAAGGAGGAAAGAUUAAUAAUGGAGGCCAAAAUUAUGGAAGGGCUAAUCACGGUUAUAAUUAUCCGAGGCGACAUUACCAAGAGGGUAAUGGUGGUUAUGAAGGGAGGGUUCAGAGCCACGUAGAAGAUGGAGGCCAAAAUUAUGGAAGGGUUAAUGGGGGUUAUAAUGGCAAUUAUGAUCACCAGAGGGCUCAAUGCGGUUUUCGGGAUGAGAGGGGUAGGCGGUGGAGAGGUAAUGGUUACCAAGGAAGAGGAAGAUACUUUGAAGCUGAAAAUAACCAUGGUAACAAUAAUGGGUUGGUGUUGGAGAAGGAGGAAGGGGCUCAAGUUGUUGUGGAGAAGGAGCAACAAGAACAGGGUGGUGUGGAAGAGGGGAAUACGCAGCAACAGGUACAGAGUAAUGGCGUCAAUGUAAGCAGCAACAAGAGUUCUUCUGAAGGAAAGAAAAAGCCGAACAUUAAUGGAAGUCUACGGAGAAAGCUGAAGAGGCAAAAAAAGGAAGCAGAGGCUAUCAAAAACCAAGGUGACAACAAUGCAGCAGCAGCAGCUCCUGAAGGUACCGGUGCUGCUGUAAGUUCUUUUUCUGUUCAGAAAAAGUUUACUGAUACAUUCACUUUGAAAGAAUAUGAGAAGGAGGUUGCCAAGAAAAAGGAUGUGGAAGUUGUGAAAAAAAGCUCUGAUGGCGAUUGUGAUAGGACUGAGACUCUUGUUAAGGAAUUUGAGUUGAUGCGAGUUAUUGGGAAGAAGAAAUUGGAGGAGAAGAAGGUCUCUGUCCCCAAGCCCCAAGAUAAGUCUGCAGAGGUGAACAGGAAGAAAGAUGGUGCUAACGUGAAGAAUAAGACACAGACUAUUAACAUCAAUGAAUUCCACCGACCACAAAACAAGAAGGAUGGUGCUACUGAAGGACAUGAUUCACAGAAGGAUGGUAGAAUUGAGACACAUCAUCAUUCAAAGAGGGAUGGUAGAAUUGAAGCACAUCAUCAUUCACAGAGGGAUGGUAGAUUUGAAAGAAAUCAUCAUUCACAAAGGGAUGGUAGAUUUGAAGGACAUCAUCAUUCACAAAGGAAUGGUAUAUUUGAAGGACAUCAUUCACAGGGAGACAGCAGAUUUAAAGGACAUCAUUCACAGACGGAUGGUAGAUUUGAAGGGCAUCGUUCAAGGCAACAACCUGUGAAAAAGCCUGCUUCAUUCGAAAUAGAUGAAGGCCAAUUUCCAGACUUGGGAAAAUCUAGAAUAUUAACUAUAAAAAAAUUGAAAUAGAAGAAAUGGCCAUAGAGGUCAGAGGCACUUUUCGGAUUGUGACGAAACCCAGUUCACUUUUAUGAAAUUUGGAAUAAUAUUGCUUUAUCAA